GCAGCUACAUAUCUCAUGUCCUUUAUUUUCUCACCAGUUCGAUCCUUUGGUACAGAAGACAGACCAACAGAUCGUCCAAUACCACCUCGAGAUGAAGUCUUUGAAUACAUUAUAUUCCGUGGGAGUGAUAUUAAAGACCUCACUGUUUGUGAGCCACCAAAACCACAAUGUUCUUUGCCUCAGGACCCAGCUAUUGUUCAGUCUUCAUUAGGUUCAUCUACUUCUUCAUUCCAAUCAGUGGGAGUGGGUUCCUAUGGACCUUUUGGCAGGAUGCCGACAUACAGCCAGUUCAGUCCAAGUUCGCUGGUUGGGCAACAGUUUAGUGCUGUUGGUGUUGCUGGAAGCUCCUUGACAUCCUUUGGAACAGAAACGUCGAACAGCAGUACCUUAUCCCAAAGUAGUGCUGUUGGAUCUGCCUUUACACAGGAUACAAGAUCUAUAAAAACACAGUUAUCUCAAGGUCGUUCAAGCCCUCAGUUAGACCCUUUGAGAAAAAGUCCGACCAUGGAGCAAGCAGUACAGACCGCCUCGGCCCACUUACCUGCUCCAGCACCUGUUGGGAGAAGGAGCCCUGUAUCAAGCAGGCCUUUGCCAUCCACCAGCCAAAAAGCAAUAGAGAAUCAAGAGCACAGGCGAGUUGAAGUACACAAAGUUUCAAGGCCAGAAAAUGAGCAACUCAGAAAUGAUAGCAAGAGACAAAUAGUUCCAGGUGCUCCUUCAACACCAAGGAGAGGACGAGGAGGUCAUCGAGGUGGCCGGGGAAGGUUUGGAAUUCGAAGAGAUGGUCCAAUGAAAUUUGAGAAAGACUUUGACUUCGAAAGUGCAAAUGCACAAUUUAACAAAGAGGAGAUUGACAGAGAAUUUCAUAAUAAGCUUAAAUUAAAAGAAGAUAAACUUGAGAAACAAGAGAAACCUGUAAAUGGUGAAGAUAAGGGAGACUCUGGAGUUGAUACCCAAAACAGUGAAGGAAAUGCUGAUGAAGAAGACCCACUUGGACCCAAUUGCUAUUAUGACAAAACUAAAUCCUUCUUUGAUAAUAUUUCUUGUGAUGAUAAUAGAGAACGGAGACCAACCUGGGCUGAAGAAAGGCGAUUAAAUGCUGAAACUUUUGGAAUUCCACUUCGUCCAAACCGUGGCCGUGGAGGGUACAGAGGAGGCAGAGGAGGUCUUGGUUUCCGCGGUGGAAGAGGACGUGGUGGUGGCAGAGGUGGAACCUUUACUACUCCUCGGGGAUUUCGUGGUGGAUUCAGAGGAGGUCGUGGAGGAAGAGAGUUUGCAGAUUUUGAAUAUAGGAAAACCGCAGCUUUUGGACCCUAAAAGGUCUGGACUGGUCGUACUGCUUUCUGAAAGAAAGACAACAAAGUUGCUGCAUAGUCUUCAAACAAGUCUUUGAAAAUGGGUGAAUUUGUAGCUCUUCAUGGUCCUGAAAAUUGAUUUCAGUCUUUGUGAAGAAGGAAGAAGUGAAUUUGCUGUAUAUUUGUCACCAGCACUGGGUUUUGUUUGUUUAUUUUUCUGCUUAAUUUCAACGAUACAACACAAUUUCCUUUUGUGGGGAGGAAGGCUCAUCUUUAUAAAUGAGCAUUAAAUAUAUUUGGAAUAGCAGAAGGUUAAGUAAUUUCUUAUGUAUAGAUAAACUAAAGCAGUACUUCAGUGGGACUUAUACGUAUUUUUUCAUCACUGAGAGGAUUUUUCUUAUCACUAAAUUGUAUUUGGCAAUUAUUGCAGGUUGCCUGCAGAUAGGGCCGUGAUACUGUGUUUUGAGCCACAGAAGAUUGUGCGUGUGUAUGUAUGUAUGUGUGUGUGUCUUUCUUUUCUUUUUGGAAAUCUUAUGAGGUAGCUUAUUUCGUUGAUUAAUUAGGGUGCUGGAUGGUAGAGAAUUUUGUCAGUCAACUAUGUACACAGUAAAUACCGUUUCUUAGGCAAAGGUAACUUUUUUAUAUAGUUGUAAAAUUCCAUUAUAUUCCAUUGCCAAAGAAACAUUAAGAACUUUGUAUAGCUGUAUAAAAAGCAACUAAUUUUUUAAAGAAUAAACAUUUUAAAGUCAGUAAACAUACUGUGUCUUUGCAGAAGUUGAUGUGCUGAGGAGGAAAGUUAU